GAUCUGCUUUCAACAUCGAGAACGACACCGUUUUGUUCAUAGCACUGGAUUUGGUAUUGUUUCUCGCUUUGAUUUGUUCUACUGGAAUUGUGGGAUUUGCCCAAAGGUGAUUCAGUUUUAGUCUUUGGGGUUACCGAAUUAUCGUCAACAGUAAACUUAAAACUUCAUCAAUGGCUGCAAGAAUUCUUGCGAACUUGAUUGUUAUGGGCUCUGGCAUAUUGGGAAGGGCUGUAUUCCAGGCAUACCGUCAGGCUCUUGCAAAUGCCUCAAAAUCUGGUGUUGCUCAAGAAACAAUGCAGAACAUCAGGAGAGGAAGCAAAAUUAUGGCUGAACCAGAGGCAAGGCAGAUUCUAGGGGUGACAGAGCAUUCAUCAUGGGAGGAAAUCUUGAAGAAAUACGACAACUUAUUCGAGCAGAAUGCCAAGAAUGGGAGCUUUUACCUGCAGUCAAAGGUUCAUCGAGCAAAAGAAUGUUUAGAAACACUUUACCAGACGAAAGAUCAGGGAACCCCGGAUGUAUAAUUUUGUGGUACAUGUUACACCCACGCCGAUCACUCGUUUCCCUAAUUGAAUAUCAUUUUGAACUUUUAUUAUAAUCCAAUCAAAUCAAAUGAUAGCAAUAGCUUGUAACACCUUGGAAGUCCGCUGCGAUGUGAGUGUAUUGCACAAUAGCACUACAUGAAACACAGUAUGUUGAUGGGAUAUGAUGAACAUG